GAAUGUUUCAACAUGGCGACCUCGAAAGGUGCGAACACAUACAAUCGUCAGAAUUGGGAAAACGCGGCAAGUAACUUUGUUGUUCGUCUUAUAUAAUUUAGUUGUGAAGUAUCUAGAUAAUAGCUGCUAUAGGCUUUGAUACCUAGAUGUUUUCUAGUGGUUUCUGCGGUCAAGUGUGCUGAUCAUUAAUUCACGUGCUUUCACACUGCCAUAAGUUUAUGCAUUAUAUGUGAACUUAUUUCUUCAUUAUUUUACCCUAGUCCCUCUACCCGAUCAAUUCUACUUUAUUCUCCUACAUAAAUUUUAUUAAUAUUCUUAUCACCUCAGUCACAAAUAAUAUUUUCGAAAGUUCCUUCCCAGAUCAUGUUAUCUUGGCAAUUGCUCGAGUAGCAUCUUUACUAACGUAUCCUAAAUGCCAUGUCAUUUCAGGAGUUUCCCAUUCUUUGUCAAACAUGUCUUGGCGAUAAUCCUUAUGUGCGAAUGGUUAAGUAUCAUUAUCCUGUUUUUGGGAUAUAAGAUUUAAUGUUUUCAUAAGGACUGUCGAAUUUGUAAUCAGGGCGACAAUGUUGUGAUCAAGGGAAAAUCAAAGGGACAUAACUGGGAGCAGAUUGUAUCUGAUGGGGCGUAUGACCAUGACUUGUGAUCUUGUGAAAACUAGAUUAGGUUGUUUGAGUGGUAUGCACCCGCAAUGUUUGAGGAAUGCCAUAUUGGUAUUAUAAUGGCUGGUUCCUCCACUUCUGCUUUUGUUUCAACUGUACAGUUUCCACCUAAUCAUAGCUGUUGCAGCUAAAUCAGUAGAAAAUGGAGAGAUCCUGAUUUUCUGACAAUAAAAUAUUUUAAUCAUUUUACUCUACUUUUAAGCUAUUUUUUCAUUGAUUGACGUGCUCAGUACUUCAUUACCUAGACAGUGAAAAAUAAUUCAUUUGAGUUCAAUAUCUUCUUCUUGCUAUUAUUCACAGACAAGGGAAACAUAUGGCAGAGAAUGUAAGGUGGGUUGAAUUGAUUGAGUAUAGACAGAACUUAAAUUCUUUGGUCAGAGAGGAUUUUUAUUAUUUCAAAUGUUUUGACCAUUAACUCCUAAGAUCUGAUUGUCAAUUCUCCCCUCUUACUGUUACACAUUUCCUUGGUGUUAGAUCAAGAUGAAAACUUCUACCAGUUAAGUUUGAGUAUUCUCAUUACCUGUUUUGUGGUCUUUCCUGGAUAAUGUAUGCAAUUAGAUAUUAUAAGGAGAUGUUAUUUGUCAAUCACCUCUUAUAGUUAUAGGGUUAAAAAAAAGGAUAACAAUGUAUUUUUGCAGUUUCAAACAGUGUAUGAGCUCAGUGUCUUUUAUUAGUUUAACCUCCACAAUACUUUGUUGUUGUUUGUUCAGAUAUGUGCCCGACCAUUCACAGUUUUUCGUUGGUGUCCUGGAGCACGAAUGAGGUUUAAAAAGACAGAAGUCUGUCAGACAUGUUCAAAGCUAAAGAAUGUUUGUCAAACAUGCUUACUUGAUCUUGAAUAUGGUGAGUUUUGUUACAAAGGAAAGUGUUCAUUGCAACUGUACAUAGGAAAUAGUGCUUCACCAAUUGACUCAAGCUUUUGUACUUUAAAAACUGCUGACAACGAGGGUAAAGAAAUCCUACAGUUUUGUGAUGUCUUGGGAUAAAAUCACAGGUGAAAUGUACUGUUUGAUCAUAAAGAGAGAGUUAGAGUUUAUGAAUGUUAUAUCUGUGCAAAGGAUGUAAAGCCCAUAAAGGAACCAAUAUGUCAAAGAGUUCCAUUUAUUGAAGUUCUGUAAGAGCUUGAGAGGCCAUUAGCAAUUGUCUUUACUAAUCAUAAUGUGACAUAGCCAGCAAUUGCACAACAGAGUUUGACUUGCAAGUACUCUUUUGUUCAUUGUGCUGCUUGUCAAUUCAAUCUUUCAUUUUUAUUUAGACUAAACACAGAAAUAUGACGGAAAUGUAAUUUUCAAAUUUUUAAAUUGAGGCAUCAAUUUUUGCAACAGUUUUUUCCCUUCUAAUCCAUGUCACACCAGGUUUGCCAGUACAAGUCAGGGACCAUGCCCUUGGUAUGAAAGAUGAUGUUCCAAAAUCUGAUGUUAAUAAAGAGUAUUACACUCAGAAUGUAGAGAAAGAGGUAUGUAGCUAUAAUUAUUGAGAUUUUUUAUUUACUUGCUAAUUUUUUCAGCUUGGCAAUGAUUUUCCUGUUAAUGCAAUACAGAAAUGUACAACUUACAACAAACAUUGUGUUAAAUUUGGGAAAAGUGAGUUUAUGCUUGUAAUUUUGGUACAAGUAUAGUCAGUUCUUAUAGUGUAAACAUGAUUAAGUUUGAAUUAAUAUUGUUGGAAAAACAAAAUAAAUUAUUAAAUGUAUUAGUGGGGAACACCUGAACUUGUUGAACUGUAAUAAGGAAUUUGAGGAAAAUGACAUCUUAUUCUUCUUGUUCAUUAACAGUGAACAAAGAUAAAGUUUGAAUCUUCCACAUAGAAUCAUAGUGAUAAAGUUAUGUUGAUUCAUCUUAAGUUAGCAAAUUCAGAUGGCACCACACCUGGUGGAACACUUGGUAAAGCCAAUGCACCUAGUGACUUGCUAUUGAAACUGGCCAGGACUACACCCUAUUACAAAAGGAACAGACCUCACAUCUGUUCCUUCUGGGUGAAGGGGGAGUGUAAGCGUGGAGAUGAAUGUCCAUACAGGUACUGCUACUAUUGAGAUCUUGAUAAAGUUGUGAUGUUACAUUCACCUCCAACUUUUCUUUAGUGUUCCCUUUGGAACUGCCUCUAUCUAUGUUGCUUGAACACUAACCACAUCAUAAUGUUCAACUUUAUAACUGACAGAGUCUCUGAGACAUAUAGACCACCCAACCACAUUGUAAUGUACCCUCUUUAUGUAUACCUGUUUUCAAAAUCAUUGUAAUUUGUAAAUAUACAUGAAAUAUAUAUAUAUCUUUUGCUUUCUCAUCAAAGAGACAAUUUUUGACAAGAAAACAAAAGAUAUAUUUAUUUAAUUAAUAUUUUCAAUGAUGCAAUGUUUUUUAUAAAAAUGGGUGUAUGUAUGUGUAUGUAUAUGAUUAUAUGUACAUAUUUGAUUAUCUGUCUGAUGAUGCAGAUCGCAUAAGUGUGAAACUCACAGUCAGAAAAAGUUGUCUUAUUGAUUAGUUCAACCUUCAGAUAUACCAUGCUCUGCGAUCACAUCAAGCACUAUACUGCAGGCAUAGAUUAUAACCAAGAUUUAUAUAUAUAUAUAGCUAAUUAUUACAUCUCUCUUGGCUUAUUUCAGGCAUGACAUGCCCACAGACCCCAAUGACCCUUUAGCUGAUCAAAAUAUAAAGGAUAGAUACUAUGGAAUGAGUGAUCCAGUAGCAACUCGGUUACUCAAACAGGCAUCUUCAAUGCCAUCCCUUGAGCCUCCUUCUGACAAGUCCAUCACUACUCUGUAUGUAGGAGGAUUAGAGGGAAAGGUGGAGGAGAGUGAUUUAAGGUGAGUAAGUUGGUUGAGUUCACACCUGUUUCAGAUUGAGAGUUAAACUGUAGAAUGAACACAUAACCAUAACACAACAGGUGUUACUGUUACAUUAGGAAAAAUGUUUGGUCUACUAGCAUUCCAUCCAGAAAUGAUAGAACUUCACAGGAAUAGUUGCUCUACACUAUGGAAACCAGAAAAACAUACUUCAAAUCAAAGUAUGGGUGCUUAACAUAGCCAGAGAGUUCUGUAGAUUAUUGAUGUGUUAAAUAUGAAUACUAUUUUCAGGGACUACUUUUACCAGUUUGGUGAGCUUCGAUCCAUAACAAUGGUUCCAAGACAGAAUUGUGCAUUUGUCUGUUUCACUGCACGAGCAUCUGCAGAAACAGCAGCAGAACGCUCUUUUAAUAAACUUAUCCUUAAAGGACGGCGACUGAAAAUCAUGUGGGGCAAGUCACAAGGACAGCAACCUGCCCCUGGAAAACAAGGAGGCUCUUCUCUAGCCCCAGUGCCAGGAUUGCCUGGAGGUUGGUAUUGUGUCAUCCUCUUUAUUAUGUGUGUGUAGGAGAUUUUCAAGAUUUUGUUUAGCCUUUUCUUCACCCUUUAACUCCUUGAAUAGCAAUGCACCUGCUUGUGUUCAACUUUGAGCCCUUUGACUGCUAAGGUCUGAAAAUUAACACUCAGCACUCUUUACCCUACUUUUCUUGUAACUUAAGUUUGAAGAAUUUUUUUGUGGAAUCACACAAUAUCUCCUGUUUGAUAAAAAUCUUCCUUUUCAUCACCUUUUUACAAUAAGGAUAUGGUAAGGAGAAAUUCCUCUUUGGUUGCUCUCAGGAGUGUAAAGGUUAGAUUAAGGAAAUUUCCUCCCUCCUGAUCUGUUUUCUUCAUUUUCUUGUUCAGCUCUUCCACCACCUCCUACAGAUGAGAAAAGCCAAGCAAACUUUUUCAACCUCCCUCCAUCCUCAGCACCACCAGCAGGUCCCCUCUCUGCUAUACCCCCACCUUACCUCCUCCUCCUGGGGGGCUUCCAGGCAUGCCUCCUCCUCCGAUGGGGCACCCUUUACCCCCACCACCAGCUGGCUACCCACCCCCUCCUCCAUUUGGUCAUCCACCUUUCAGACCACCUCCCAUACCUUUUUAUGGGGCACCACCCCCACCUCACAUGCCUCCUCCUCCUAGACAUGGUUUGCCACGCCUUCCACCUGGUCCUCCACCAAUACACUAUCCAUCUCAGGAUCCUCAUCGUCUGGGUGCAGGGAAAAGUGGGGAAGGAGGUACUCGUCCACCAGCCCCAGCAGCUGCGAGCUCUUAGACUGCUUGUCAAGAAAGUGUAA